UUUCUCGCAUCUCAUUAACUGAGUCCCGUCGUAGCUAUAGGUGAAGCUGCCUCUCUCUGCCAUACUGAAGCAGGUGUCCAACAUGGCGAACGCUGGCAGCGGCUCUCUCGCGACUAUUCUCUUUUUAUUCAUGUUUCAAGCGGCUCUUCUUAAAGGAGCAGCACAAGAACCAGUGGUGAGUCAGAACCUGGUGACAGACAAUGUGUCGGUGGUGGAGGGCGAGAUGGCGAUCAUCAGCUGUCGGGUGAAGAACAACGACGACUCUGUUAUCCAGUUGCUCAACCCCAACAGACAAACAAUUUACUUCAGAGACAUGAGACCACUGAAAGACGCUCGCUUUCAGCUGGUGAACUUCUCAGACAACGAGCUGCGGGUGUCGCUGUCAAAUGUCUCGCUGUCAGACGAGGGUCGAUAUGUUUGCCAGCUCUACACAGACCCCCCGCAGGAAGCCUACGCUGACAUCACCGUGCUAGUUCCCCCAGGUAACCCCAUCAUCGAGGCCCGGGAUGAGGUCCUGAGCGAGGGCAACGAGACAGAGAUGACCUGCACUGCCAUGAGCAGUAAGCCUGCCGCUACCAUCAGAUGGAUGAAGGGAGAUAAAGAGCUUCCAGGCAAGCCCAGAGUUGAGCUGACCUACGACAGGAUGUACACAGUAACCAGCCGGCUGACAUUCAUUGUUAGUAAGGAGGACGAUGGUGUGCCAGUGGCUUGCAUCGUAGACCACCCUGCAGUCAAGGACUUCCAAGCACAGAAAUACCUGGAGGUCCAGUGUAAACCAAUCAAAAUCGGGGUAGAAUUUCCUCAGGGUCUGACCAGGGAGGGGAACCUGGAACUGACGUGUCAGGCCAAGGCAAACCCACAGCCACAGCGGGUGAACUGGGUGAAAGUAGAUGACGAUGUGCCAUCCCAUGCCGUCAUCACCGGCGGUGAUCUUUACAUUGAAAAUCUAAACAAGUCCUACAACGGAACCUACCGCUGUGUGGCCUCCAACACAGUCGGGGAGUCUUUCGACGACUACAUCCUCUACGUCUAUGAUGCUCCCACCACUACCCCUAUACCCACCACAGCCACAACCACUACCACCACCAUCACCACCACCACUAUCUCCUUCCCUGAAGCCAAUCAAGACACUGCGCCCAGCACUGAACCUGCAGCUCAUGAUUCCCGAGCUGGAGAAGGAGCACCCAGAACGGUGGACCAUGCAGUGAUUGGAGGAGUGGUGGCCGUGGUCGUCUUCGCCAUGCUCUGUCUACUCAUCGUCUUGGGGCGCUACUUUGCAAGACACAAAGGUACCUACUUCACACACGAAGCCAAAGGAGCAGACGAUGCAGCCGACGCAGAUACAGCCAUCAUCAACGCAGAGGGUGGCCACACCAACUCGGACGAAAAGAAAGAGUACUACAUCUAAUCAAAGCAGGACCCCUCACUCUAGUGUCCCCUUUGGGACACAGAGCUGGUUUUGGGGCUGGGGCAGAUGGAGAGGGGGGUUUGAUGGAGGGAUUUAAAUGUGGUUUAGGAUCACUUUUAGUGAGAGUAGAGGGGUCGAGGAAUAGAAAAGAGAUGGGGUUUUAAAGACAGGCCUGGUUUUAAGCCGUUGUUUAGUCUAGUCUGCAGAUGUAGAUGGAAUGUUUUGUGUGUAAAAAAAAUUAAAAAUCAAAAAAGGACAAAAAACGGGAGGGUUCGGGUUAUCGGUAAACUGAGAAGGGGAUGGGGUUGGGGGUGGUAAGGGUGUGCCAGACGUUGCCAGAAAUCACUGUAGAGAGCUUCACCAUUUGACACCUUCCUCCCUAACUGCUGGUACGAAUUUUAUUUAGUUCAACCAUUUGCAGAAAAUUCUGUGCCUUGUUCUAUCCAUACUUUGGAUUUGUGUUGAUCCUCAUUUGCAUAACCUUGUUGCUCCCCUUUAUCCUGUUUCAUCUUUCCCACUCGUAAUCAUCAACGUGCUGUUGGCUUUUGUAUGAGGGUAAAAUUACACAGCCACUUUAUUCAUUUCGCUAAAUGUGUCUGCACACACGUGUCCUCUACUGCAUAACAAAAACUCCUUCCAGUAUACUGUGAUUUGUCUCAAACCAUUACUUCCCCUACUCUUUUUUCCCUGGAGUUUUGACAGCUCCAAAAAUGCAUGGAAUGCUUUACAUAUCAUUGUACAAAGAACAUAAAUGAGAAACAGGUUUGAUGUACUGCAUAUGCUCUUCCUUUCCUCUCCUAAACACAACCACAUUCAAAACAUUAUUCAAAAAAGAAGGCGACAAAGGAUAAUAUAAAAUUAUUUUAUUGGGCCUAUUCCAUUUGUUUUUUCAGUUUGUUCUUUAGAGCAGCUUUACUGCUGCCUCUCCUCAAUUACCCUUCUCAGUAAAGAGAAGUGGUACAUUAUUUGUCCUCAUUGCGCUGCCAUUUCAUUGUUUCGAAUUCUUUCUCUGCUCAGUGCUAUUUUUCUUCUAUGAGUCUGAAUGUUAGCUCUCUGUUUCCCCACCAGCUUUUAUUGAGUUGUGAUGGUGUGUUAAUAAUGAGAUUCAGCUGAUUUCAAUCUGCUCAUACUCAUAGAAUAUAUUUCUUACCAAUGGGAAAGUAAAACAAGUAAAUUAAAGUUGUUUGGCGGAUUCUAAGUCAAGAUGUCUUGGUAAGAAAUGGCUGUUGAAUAAUAUUUGGUAUUAACAUUUGCCAACCAGUAGCCAAAAGAUGCUGCUAACAUAACUUAACAGAAAGAGAAACAUCCUUAACCAAACUGUAACAACCGUUCUCACUCCAUAUCAAAAAUGGCAGCUUGGUCAGUGGCCCUCGGCAUAUAGCGUCUGUGUGAGCCGCACUGGGCUUUCAACUGCUUGGCUGCUGCACAGUGAGAUGAUGUAGUAUAAAGAGGAAAAAAGUCCACAUAGGGAAGAUAAUAAUGAAAAAGCAACAAAGUUGGUUGAUUGAUUGAUUGAUUGAUUGAUUGAUUGAUUGAUUGAUUGAUUGAUUGAUUGAAUGCCAAGGGGUUCUGGCCAAGCAACCGUAUGGGUUAAGUUGGGAGUGAUAAUGUGUUGACUGAAACACAUUUAAAUUUAUUCACGGAAUACAUAAGCUGCACAAAACAUCCUCCCUACAGUGUGUUGAUCUCACAGACACACAAUAAAAUGUAAAUCAAUCCAAUGAAAUCACAGCUGUAUUGUACACUAAUCCUUACUAAGACAUUUUUUUUUUACCUUCACUUUUACCUUUUUGUAUUUUAUUGUGUCACAAUCAUUGUGAGUUUCUUUCAAAAUGUAAAACAAGUCAAUGUUGGGGUGACUAAUUGUCUUCAAACUGAAAUAUUCUGAGAGACAGGCCAGUCUUUCCGCUUGCAUUACACCUUUUGAAUAUAUUUUGCUUUGGUGCAGCAGCUUGUGUAAACAGUUGAUAGUUUAUUGCAUGAAUGUACAUGCUAAAACUCAUUAUUUUUGUUUCUCUAUCUUGCUUUAUGUAUCACCUGCCAAAACUGUAUGAGGAUCUGUUUUGCUGUGCCAGCUGGGGAGUACUGAGGAAUGCCAAAAGUAACUGUUUGGAACUGAACUUGUAUUGUGCACCAUGGUGGUAAUCCAUAGGUAACAAGAAUGCCUUGGCUUGAGUGUCUAUUCAUGGCAUUUUUUGUCAAAGUUAUGUUUUCACACAGCAAGCAGCUUGCUUAAUGAGUCCUUACUCUCAAUGACAGCUGUGGGUGGAUGGAGGGUGGAGGUCUAGAUUUCAAUGUACACCUUCAAAGUGUUGAACAGGCUUUAUGUGCCAUGAUAUUACAUCAUUUUGAACAUGUUAUCAAUGCAAAUGAUAAACUUAUCAUUAAACCCAACAGUGGCUGCAACCAUUCCUCAAGUAUUAAGGCAUCUAUUCCUGCGGUUUUUCAAACUAGAGUAAAUAAUCUCAAAUCAAUUGGACAAACAAAAACUAAAUCCAAUCAGUAGAGAAAACCUUUUUUAAAUGAGUGCUCUGAUGAUGGUGACUUAUCUUGUACAGUCAAAUUAGAAGUGAAAUUAUUUUGCAGCGCAAAAUCAAAACUUGCAAUGUGAAUGAAAUACAUCAUGAUGUAACAAAAUUCAUUUUUAGAGAUUCAGAUUCAGUGAAUACAUCUUAUAUCAAUAACAGAGAGUUUAAACAUUGCAUAUCCAAUGUAGAUAGGUGUCAUUUAAUGUAUUGAUAUAGUUUGCAUGCAUAUCAAUAAGCAACUAGGCAUAAGUACCAUGUUUCAGCUGAGUCAUAAAAAAAACUCUUUCAUUGUGAGUGUCCAAACUUAGUCAUCAUGAUUUUUUUUAUAGUUGUAUUGUAACUCUGGUUCUACAGGUAGAGCUAAUUUCAAUAAAAAAUGUGCACCUUAAAAACCGCCUGCUGAUGAAGAAAUACAUUUGCAAAUUUCACAACAUAUACACCUGUACAUGGCAUAAAGAAGCACACUGUAAAUACAGAUAAAGACGUUCUGUGCUGAUUUGCUUGUGUUUUGUUGUUCGAUUCCCUUUUUCCUGCAAGAGUGGUAAAGAUCUUUUCUUCAUUGGCUUGCUUUUCUUAAGUUGCCCUACAUGUAGCUCUAUUGGUAACCUCAGAUUUCACUUGAGACUUUUGGUUUUCCAUUAUACCAGACAGGUUAUGAUUUUAUGUAUAUGAUAUAUAUCAACAUCAAUCAUAUCCAAUGAAAAAACAUACUUUUUAUUAAUAUGCCACUAGACGUCAUGGGGACUUAAUGGUGUUGCUUGCUGUGUGGACACUCAUAUCCAAGAUUCAAUACUUUAUUGCCAUGUUAACACAUUUGAUUGGAAUUUCUCAAUGUGCAGCUCAGAUUGCAACACAUUAACAGUGUGAUAGCUUUAAUGUAUCAUAGUCAUGCAUGAAGACAGCAUUCAGUCUCUCCAUAUUGAGAUUGGGGUUUUGGGGGUCGUCCAAAGGGAGAUGAGAAGGUUCUUGUAUAGUGCUUUAGGAAAAUGUCCCUCUCCUGAGCAUAAUGCAUCUGUGCAUUUUAAAAGUUCUUUUAUAGUGUAUUGCUUUUAGAAGACAGCCAGAGGACUGGGUGGGAGCUGUGGACAGAUUUUUUGCUUUUCCAAUGGUUAUGGCAGUUGUUGAUGGGGACUACCGGAGUGAUGUUGCUGACAAAGAUCAAAGAUGCUGUGUCACUCCAACUGUUAAAUUUUCUGUUAAAACUUGAGUUGAUUGAAAGUUCUGUACUCACAAAUGAAUCACCACUAAGUUAACACUGUAUGCUGAUGACACUGUUUUGUGUUUGUUUAGUGGAUGGGAGGGGGUGGGGAAGGGUUCAGACUAGUUUUGAUGUUUUACAGUCUGGUGUCUGAUAAAACUAUUAACUGACUUGUUAUCGUUGCUUUGUAAAUCCCAGCGCAGAUGCCACUUCAUCUGCAAGACUGAGAUCGUGUGAUUUGUUUUUCUUACAGUGAGCACUAUUUCGCUUCAGUGACAUGUGGCAGCUUCCAUUUAAAUCAGACUUCAAAAUAUGUCUUGCCAAUAAAGGAAUAGAACUGAAUAUUGUCUUCUCCCUUAAGGCUGAUGCAUUAAUAUUUUCAUUUGUGCAUAUUAAAUAUGUUGUGCGUUGGAAUAGAAGAAGUGUUCCCCAAAAUGUUUUACCUACUGUACUAUAAUUUUGCUCUCCCAAAGUUCCCAUAUAAAACGUAUCAUGAGCAAAACAACAUAUAAACAACGUAGGUUUGACGAGGAUUGAAUUUGAAAUAAAUAGCAAAAGGAUAUUUUAGGUUACUGUAUGUACCAUUUUAUUUUCAAUGAAAUGCCCAGUAAAGUGAAAAAUGGUCUUACAGUGUAACUGGUGUAGUUUUCUCCAUAUUAAAUUCUUUUGAUAAAGUCAUGUCUCUAGUUCAUGCAUUGCUGACCGAUGUGACUACAUCUCAGGUAGAAUGCAAAGUUUAGGCCCCACCAAUGACAUUAAAGCAAGUACAAUGCAUCCUCAUCCAAUUAGUUGCAACACAUUAUUUUGGAUCCAAGAGGCAAAAUUGGUGGUGUGUUGUACAUGUUUUCUGUAUUUUUCUUAAUAUUGGUGCACUGUAAAAUAUGUGUUUAGUAUUGCUUUGUGUUUACAUAGGUCAUAAAGAGUACACUGGAAUGAAUCCGAAUCAGAAGCUUGUUGUGGCUGUACUACUACUGUCACUUGCAAUGCACCACCGCCUUUGGAAGCACGUUUGAUUCCUGAAAGGUUUUGAUUGUGUCACCAGUCGUCGUUUUUUAGAUUUAUUAUUUUUGUCUCUCUGCUGUUAUUGGGAAAUGUUUAUGUGUAUUGAUGGAGAAAAGGAGUUCCACAUUCCCAUACGCAUUUUGUAUUGGUUCAUAAAUAGACAUUUUUACAAAACAA